UUUUACUGUGAAUGGUUACGUUUCUAUGAAGACGCAUUUGUAGGUUGGGUACGAUAGGUGUUAAGACAUCAUCGUUAUAUUCAAUAUUUACGUAAAAAAAAUAUAUUGUUAUAAACAUUCUUGUCUUCAAACUAUGGCUGAUUAUUUUCAAGAAAUGGGCUGGGUUCCUUUAGCAGAGUUUGAAGGACCUAAUCAUUUAGUGCAAAUGGCAAGGUUUUUGAGAGAUUCUGGUAUGUGGGAUCUUUUAGACAAUCAUGAGAGACUACCACCACCAGCUUCUAAAGAAGCUGUCAAAAACUUGGAAGAAGUAGAGCAUAAAAAUGAAGCUGGUGCUAAAGAACAAUGUCCAGUUUGUUUGAUAGAUUUUGAGAAGGGUAUUAUCUCUAAACGUAUGCCAUGCAAACAUUCUUUUCAUAAAGAAUGCAUUGAACCUUGGCUAGAAAAGACAAACUCUUGCCCUGUAUGCAGACAUGAGUUACCUACCGAUGAUGAAAAUUAUGAAAAUUACAGGAAAGAAAAGAAAAGGGCUGUUGAAAGAGAAAAGGAUUUAGAAGCUCUACAUGAUUCAAUGUUUUCAUAGUACAUUGCUUUUAUUAUAAUAAAAUUACAUUCCUGUUUAUUUGAAAUUUAUGUAUGUUUUUAUAAGAGUUUAGUAUUUUAAUAGAUUCAUUAGUUAAAAAUUUGCAAGUAGUAUCAAGAAUACAAUGCGUUCUGUGACUUUCUGUAUGUAGAUGCAUGGAAACAAACUAUCAAGUGCAAUUAAGUAAACUUCUAAUGACUAGCCAGUUGUAUUAUAAAGAUAUAAAUUAAAUCACAUGGAAAAAAUUCGAUACUAUACCUGACUAAUC